UACUCUCGGACUAGCUGGACCGAAUCACUAAGGUAGUUAUUUUCAAAUACUAUGUGACAUUAUACUCAUAAAUUAGUGAAAUGUGAAAGGUUUCUUUGUUUUGUUUUUAGAGAUAAUCAAGAGGCGUUUGACUACAAUAAUUCAAUUCAAUUGCCUAAGAAUUCAUGUUCCAAUGCGUAAUUAAAUACUUACUAGUAAUAAGAUUAUCCUGUGCAAUUAAGCAGAGAAGACCCUUCGAAUACAACAUCCAACGCCAUUAUUUAAAGCGCACGAGCCCAACCAUAAUUUCAAAACAAAAGAGAAAAAAAGAAACAUAACAAACGAUAAGAUGAAUGAUGGAUCGUCCUCAUCAUCAUCAAAUACAAAGAUGGACCUGGAUGUAUUAGUAGAUGAAUCUUACUUCUCUGCUUUAUUCGAUUACGAUGAAGUCUUCCCUAUCUCCGACGUUAACUACGCGUCAGAGCUUCAUUUCCAAGAAGCUCUCUUCUCUUCCUUGAUCGCUUCAGCGGCUAAGAUCAAUAACCAUCCCCAAAUCCAAAGGAGUUUCACCACUGUUAUCAAGCAGGAACCAGUGGUAAAAAUCGAGAACGAACCCUUGGAACCAUCCAGAAGGUUAUGUAUGAUCUGCAUGGACGAAAAGCCUUCCUCCGACAUGUUCCGAGGAUCAGUCACAUGCACUCAUGCAUACUGCACUCAGUGCACCAUCCGUUACGUGGCGAACAAGAUCAAAGAAAACUCAGCGAAGAUCAAAUGCCCUGACGUGGACUGCACGCGUUCGAUAGAGCCGUACAUGUGUAGAGAUCUGAUCCCAAAGGACGUGUUUGAGCGUUGGGAGAAGAUCUUGUGCGAGUCGUUGAUUUCUUCAUGGGACAAGUUAUACUGCCCGUUCAAAGACUGUUCAUCUGUGAUGAUUCUUGACGAUGUUGGUGGUAAUAAUGCUAAUGUGACGCAGACCGAGUGUCCAUCUUGUCACAGAAUGUUUUGCGCUCAAUGUAAGGUGGCAUGGCACGUCGGUGUUGGAUGUGAGGAGUUCCAGAUGUAUGGGAACACUAAGAAGAAGAGUAGUGAUGAAGAAGAUGCUUUGUUGGUUCAAAUGGCCACGAAUAAGCAGUGGAGAAGGUGCCCUAGUUGCAAGUUCUACGUUGAGAAAGUCGAUGGAUGUAUGCAUAUAAAGUGCAGGUGUGGAUUUCAGUUCUGUUAUGGUUGUGGAUCAGUGUGGGCUUCUAAUCACGCGUGCCAAAUUCGUACCUAAAGGCCAAUCGAUGAAUAACUAAUGUGCGUUUUUUUUUUAAACAAUAGUUAAUGUGUGUUUCUAUGUGUUAUUUUCCUAUCAAAAUAAUUCUACCAAUAAUAAUUCGUCACAUUUGCUAAGUUAAUCGACUUCAUACCUUCUCGGCAAUUUUACCGAUGUCGAAUUUAUUGCUAAGGUUGUAAAAUCCAUUAACAUGGAUUUACAGUCGUCAAAACGUAAUUGAAUUAUUUUUCUCUUUCCCUAAGAAAAUAAAAGUAAGCUUUCAAUGGGUUAUAGAGUAAAUCGCUGUUGACAAAAAAAAAAUAGAGUAAAUCGCUGGACGUUGAUUGGACUUUUAUUUAAAACUAAAAGCUGAUGUGUAAAAAGAAACGAACAAAAGAAAGAGGUCUACUUUGUCCCGCUUUGGAAAAUUUCCACUCAUUACUAGACUUUCAUUUGUCUUUUUUUUUUUUUUUUUUGCUAAAAAAGACUUUCAUUUGUCACUAAUGCAUAUGACUUUAAGGCUUUAACAUUAGUCAUUUUCUUUUAUACUAAGUGACAGUGUCUAUGUAAUGCUCUGAUUAUAGUUUUAGUUAUUCGUCUGAAUAAUUUAUAAAAUGAAUAAUACAUUGGUCCGACUUACGUUUCACCGACCAACACAGUUGAAUGGGUAUAUUAUUUGUUAAAUUAGUUUUCGUUUUAUUAUAGAUUAUGUUAUAGUAUGUUCAAGGUGAAAAAGAAAAGAAAAAUAGCAGAAACGAACAAAAACACGUGAACACUGCUUUCGGCUUCUGUGUUUGUGAAAAUGCUUUUAAAAAGUGUUUAUGAAAAUGCGUUAUAAUAUACUCCAUUUAGGGAACUUAACAAUGGCGUUAUUCUCAAACAAUACACAUCGACCUACUCAGGUGGAUUUCCAUGGAAACUUGGGCACAUCGUAACUCGUAUUUAUUAUGCUUCAAAAAAUUCAAAAUAUGGUGUUGCAAACCAUAAAUCUUUUCUUUUUAAUGAAUGUUAAAUGUAAACCAAAAAUCUUACCAACAACAAUAGUCACUACUCCCUUUACAUUUAAUAAAUCGUUCCUAGCAUAUGAUAAAUGUUUUCUUUUAGAAUCGUUGCAACGCUAGUGUGUUCAAUACAUUUUACAUGUAUCUAGAUUUCUAGUCAGCCUUUGGCAAAAAAAAAAAGGAACAUCAUAAUGCCCGAUACUUGUUUUGAUUAAUCAAGUGAAAGCUACCCUGAGAUUCAAUACAAGCGACUCAAACAAGUGUCGUACAGGAAUGAGACCCACAUGGCAUUUACCACAUCACAUGACGUGAACAAAUCAGCUUUGUGUUUAUAAGCUUUGAAGUUCGUAAUUAUUCAAACUUUAGUUACAAAGAUUGGAAUCAUAAUAUCAUUAAAAACUUCUAAGACUGUAAUAAUGGAGACAAAUAUCCCAUUCCAAUCUUCUACAAAGAUAAAUUCUAAAUCCCGUGAAUGGAACUUAUGAAUCUGUCACCUGAAACAUAAUUGCGGAUAUUAUAAAGAUUCUAUGUUCAUUCAUAACUCUUAAUUUUCUUUUACUUUUCUUCAAGUACAUAGGGGUAAUUGAGUAAUACUGUAAACAAAGCAAAAAAGACAGUGCCUCCAGCUCACAGACACUAGAUACAGUCUCACAACUUCUACUGCUUGCUCUUUGUUCACACUUGCACUAGGUUUCCUCUCUUUCUCCGCUUCCACCCAAAAAUCAAAGAGCAAUGUGGUACCCUCUACCUCCUUCUUCUUCCUCCUCCACUCACUAAACCAAAUCUUGAAUCAACAGUUAGAAAUAAAAACCGUAUCUUUCUCCGUCAAUGGCUUUCAUCUUCUUCCUCUUCCUCUUCCUCUUGACCCUU